CACACUGCCUUCGUCCUCCUCCAGUGGAAACGUCCAUUCCUCGGUUCCCCGCCGUUCGCCGGCUCCGCCCUUGGUUAGUCUCUGGAUCAGCGGGCUGCCCGUUCUUAUUCGAAGCCUCUCCUAUAUCAGCUCAUUGUAAGUGCUUUGCGUGCUUCCCCUUCGUCUUUUCGUGACGGUUUCGGGGUUCGGUAGCUCCUGCUCAGUUCCUUCUUAGGAGAAGUCGUCGAAGAGUCGCGUUGUGGUGUUAAUCUUUCUGGUUAGGACAAUGUUGCAUCGCGUGUUCUGUUUGGUGGAGCGAUUUGGCAGUAGGUUGGAAUGGGAUGCCCUCGAAACCCUAGGUCGGUUCGGGUUUCGUGUUACUGUGGGAGUUGUGGAUUGAAAAGUGUUGGAGAUUUGGGUAAAUUUCGGUGGACGGUGCUGAGAUUUGUGAAAAGGUUGGAUUUUAGGAUGUCAGGAGCUCCUCAUGUUCGUUCUUUCAAUGUAGCUGACUCUGAAGCAAGGCCGGUCCUUGUGCCUGGCGGUAACAAGGCUAGGUCAUUGACACCUUCUAGGAAACCAGCUUCGAAGCCUUUGAAUAAAACUGACAGCACCGAAACUACAGCAAUUGAUGAGCCGAAGAAGGCUCCCAGUCCCGCAGAAGAUACGGCACAUUCUGGGUCUUGUUUCAGUGCUCCGUCUGUUCUGAGGAGGCACGAGAUGCUGUUGCAGUCAAAUCUGUCACUGAAUGCUUCCUGUUCCUCUGAUGCAUCCACAGAUUCGUUUUGCAGCCAAGCCUCCACAGGAAGGGUUAGUAGGGUGAACUCGACAAGUAAGAGGAGGCAGAGCUCUGCGAGGAUAGGCAAAGUUGCAACCAAGUUGAACAACAAUUUCUCAGAUGAUGCCAGCAUUCCCUCGGUUGAACUUGUGCAAGGAAAGAGAAAAUGCGCUUGGGUCACAUCUAAUACAGACCCAUGUUAUGCUUCUUUCCAUGAUGAAGAGUGGGGUGUUCCAGUCCAUGAUGAUAAGAAAUUAUUUGAACUUCUUGUUCUAUCUGGUGCAUUAGCUGAGCUUACAUGGCCUGUUAUCCUCACCAAAAGGCAGAUAUUUAGGGAAGUUUUUCUGAACUUUGAUCCUGCUGCAGUCGCCAAAUUGAAUGAGAAGAAAUUUAUAGUGCCUGGAAAUAUUGCUAGCUCACUUUUGUCGGAGCCCAAGCUGAGAGCUACCAUUGAGAAUGCUCGCCAGAUACACAAGAUAAUAAAUGAGUUUGGAUCAUUCGAUAGAUACUGUUGGAGCUUUGUGAACUACAAACCCAUCGUCAACAAAUUUCGCUACCAGCGACACGUUCCUGUCAAGACUUCUAAAGCAGAUGUGAUCAGCAAAGAUCUGGUUAGAAGGGGCUUGCGAAGUGUGAGCCCAACAGUCAUAUACUCCUUCAUGCAGGCUGCGGGUUUGACAAACGACCAUGUCGUCAGCUGUUUCCGCUUCGAAGAAUGCAUAGCAGCUGCGUUGUCGAGCAUUGAUAAAACUCAGGAGGGUACAAUAAAGAUAAGCAGCAAGGUGGAAGAGAAGACUAGUGACAGUGUGGCAAUGAUGGGAGAAAUAGAUUUAGAGUUAUCGAUAGGUAUGGAUGAACUGAGCAUUUGUUAGAUAUUUGAAAGGAGGUCGCUACUCUGAUUCAAUGUACACCAUUCAUACUACUGCUUUCGUUUGGUUAUUUUGUAAAUAAAGUUGUAGGUCAUGUUUGUUUCGAUAUCGUACUGUUGCAGAGAUCAUUUUCCUUGGUUUGUUGA